AUGUCGCUAGUGCAGCGACAGGCGACCUUGCGAGAAAUGCACGCAGGCCGACAAAGGUAUACUCGAUUGCUCGAAGAUAAGGUUGCGGAACUUGAGGCUCAAUCACUCGAUGCUGGACAAAAUGGCUCAUUCGCAAGACAAACGUCCCCGCAGAGCUCCUUGGCUCGCGGCGAACGCCCCGAACACCAUCCUCAUUCCGUUCCAACCCCCAACACCCCUGGAAUAAUUCCUCCUUCAUUCCAGCUCAAUGAGGGUCUUUCUGGUGUAGAGAAUCGAACGGCUGAGAGAUUUGCCGUUCCGACGUGUGCGGACUCGAACAUUCCAUUUUCAUCGCCUCUCGAUGCCACGAUGUCAAAUACGUCUUUAGACAUUGAUGACAGAUGCGGCCAUUCGAGUCUCUUCGUUAACAUCUUAGCUGCUUUAACGACUGGCAACCCGUGCGGGAUACCUAUUACGUCAGAUGAACCACUUCGAGAUGUGAGAAUCUCUACAGCAGCGCCGUCAGGUCUGCUAAAGCGCACCUUUUGCCUUUCCGACGAUAUUGGUGAUGCGCUCAUUGAUAUCUAUCUUCAAAGAGUCAACCCACGAUAUCCAUUUCUCCAUGUCGACACCUUCAUCGGCUGGUACAAAUCAUGGAAGAAUAUAAGGUUUAAAGAUCCCACUGCGGAUCAGAAAGAUCGAUGGAUGGACUUUUUCGUGGUCAUGGUCCAAGCUGUGAGCAUCCUACUUACCCCACAAGUGUCCCAAAGCAGCAUAUGUACUUCCCAAACCUUGUACAACAUGGCUAUGAAAUUCUUGCCAUUUAUUUUUAUAAAGUCCGAUCCGAUAUUGAGUGUUCAAGCAUAUCUGCUAUUGACUCUGCAUGCUCUGCAUUCUCCAUCGUCACAUAUGAUUGUUUCCAUGGUAUCAGCGACCAUGCGCCAUUGUGCCAUCAAUCAACUACACCUUGCCGAAAACGAGCCGAAGGUUCCGUUUCCAUCGUUCUCUCUCGAAGUCCAGAUUCGACGAAGGGUCUUUUGGUCUGCUUAUGCUUUAGAUCGUCUGAUCAGCUGGAUUUAUCAUAUUCCAAAUAAUCUAAUUGACGAGCACAUCACAGUCGAGAUGUUUUCAAAUGUCGAAGAUACGCAUCUCUAUCUCGACACGACAGAAAUGGACCAGGACGUGGCAGCAAGCCUGCCUCAGAGAACCCGUAUAUCUCCAGCACUGCAUCUUAUACGCUGCAGAUGUAUCCAGUCACGGAUAGUCAGCACAAUGAUGCGCUCCGACUUUUCCAAGAUCAACUCGUCACCUGCAUGGAGAGAACAUAUGCUGGAAGAGCUGGAGGCUUGGAGAACCCAGCUGCAGCGCCUAAGUCAUCGAACCUCCCGUGGUUAUCUGAGUGAUAGAUGGGUCGGGAUGGCCUAUAAUUAUACAAUUCUUCUACUACAUCAGCCCACGAAGCAGAAUGUCUGCGGGAUGUUUGGAGAUCGAUCUGUGCGAGCAAGCGUGCAGAUUAUGUUGACUUUCAGGGAGUUUCAAAAAGAUCGACAGACAGCCCAACUAUGGCCCGGACUUCUGAGCCAGUUCAACGUCGGGUUAACUUUCCUAUAUUGCUUUUGGGCAACCCCCGUACAAUACAGAACUUCUGCAUACAAAACAAGAGAGGCAUCCGAGGCAUUGCGUGCAUGCUCAAUAAGCUUAGCAAUUCUCGCCGAGCGCUGGGUGCAAGCUGAGCCUUUACGCGACGUCUUCGAGAUUCUCGCCAAGGAGAUACCACUGAAGGAGACAAUACAUGAUGACUCAUUUCCCAGGCCUAUGGCUCCAGAAUCUGUGGCUCAAAUCAAUUCUCAAAUCGACUGGAUACGCUCAGUCGUCAAGAACCGGGGAGUGCUACGAAUGCUUGAAGAGAUGAUCACUGAGGAAUUUCCUUCGAGUCACGUCGAGCAAACCGAACGACGAACAAUUGAAAGCACCCUUGCACAUGAUACCGGAGAGCAUCUUUGUCCAGAGCACUGCUCAUUAUUUCCCGGCACAGUUUUUCAUAAUCCCAUAACCAGCGCGGGUGACAUUCCGGGAGAGUAUAAUGCUGCAUUCGAUGACACCCUCAUAUUUCCUGCUUUAUUUGGCUCGGUCGAGUUUUAG